CCGGCUCUCGCUGUCUAUGGGCUCUUGUUGAAGAACCUGAGGGGUGGGGGGUUCGACAGGGCAGGAGUAGCAGGAGUGGUCAGGCGCUGCAGUAGACCUAAGUCAGGUCCCCAUGUCUUGCGUUGUCUCAGGUGGGGAAGUGGAAGGAUCUCUCCACUUGCUCGCUGGGGCUGGGGGGAUUUCCCAUCCCUCCUCAGCAACUGGAGGGAGAGUGAGCCACCUGCCAGAGGCAGUUAGCCGAGCGUCUGGCAGGAACGGAUGUGGCUGAGGUGGGGAAGCGUUCACAGCACUGCACUGGCUCCCACGGCUCCAGGAAGCCACCCUGAAAGCGAAAGCAGUGGCCAGACGGCCCACCGUCAGGAGCUGUUGACAAACACGGCAUGUCUCUGAACAGGAAGCAAGGCAGCUACCUGCGUCACAGAGCACUCAGCUUUAAAGGGAAGAGGAAGAAGAAGACAUCCACAAUGGAGGCUGCUGGGCCGGGGCCUGUGGAAGAGGCUGAUGCUGUGAAGCCUGGACCCGAGGGGAGCCAGAGCACUGUGGACCCGCUGGACCCGGUGGACUCGCCAGCACUGAAGCCGGACACCAGCUCCGAAGAGGAGCAGAAGAGGCUGGUGGAGGAGAUGGGGGAUGAGCAGGCAUCGAGCAGGGAGAAGGAGGAGGAGCAGGCCUUCCUGGUCAAUCUCUACAAGUUCAUGAAGGACCGUCACACCCCCAUCGAGAGGGUGCCUCAUCUCGGCUUCAAGCAGAUUAACCUGUGGAAGAUCUACAAAGCUGUGGAGAAGCUGGGAGCAUAUGAGCUGGUCACAGGAAGACGCCUCUGGAAGAACGUGUAUGAUGAGCUGGGAGGCAGCCCAGGAAGCACCAGCGCGGCCACCUGCACCAGGAGGCACUACGAGAGGCUGGUCCUCCCGUACGUGCGACACCUGAAGGGCGAGGAUGACAAGCCCCUGCCCCCCACCAAGCCCCGGAAGCAGUACAAGGUCUCCAGGGAGCCCCGUGGGGAGCAGGGCGAUGACGCAGCCGAAAAGAGCAAGAGAGUCAAGAAGGAGAAAAGCGGAGACCAGGUUUUGCCUGAGAAGGUGAAGCCGGAUGCCUCUGCCGCUCCCAAACGGGGCAGGGAGACUGUAACGGAUGGCCCCGAGCAGAGCCGGCCAGGAGACCGAGCUGAGGGGCUCCCCAUUUCGAACACCAAAGACUUGGCCAAGAGCCAGCCGUCCAUGAGCUGCCACAGCAACUGCAGGGCCCACAGCUGCUCCGAGGCCUGCAAACGGCUCUUCUCCAGCUUCUACUUCAAAGGGAACCAUGGCAUCAUGUCUCCCUUGGCCAAGAAGAAGCUGCUGGCUCAAGUGAGCAAGGCGGAAUCCCUGCACUGUCAUGAGAGACACCUGAGCCAUUGCCCCGAAGGCAAGAAAUCAAGGUCUGCAGGGCUCUCCUGCCCCAGCCCAGAGCUCGACUCCAACAGGCCAUCAGUCAUUCAUCAGAGCAAAGAGGGAAGGAGCCCUGUGCCAGAGGGGGAUGAUGCCAAUGACCCAGCCCAAGUGUGUCACCCUCCUAAGAAAGGGGAGGGGGCACCAUGCCCAAAGGGAUCUCUGAGCCCCAGAAGCAGCCAGAUAUUUCCGAGGACAGAGGACGGGAGUUCAGGGCACCACCUCUCCCCUGCUCCUGCCAUCGUCACUGGCCACAUCCAUACGUACAGAAGUGAGGUUCUGAAACCCGUGAGCUGCCACCCCCUACGAGGCCCGAUGGAGUAUUUUCGUGGCUUCAAGGAUUUCCCAGAGUCUCUCUCCAUCUAUCAGCAGCCAGGCAAGGACCUGCAGCAAGCCAGCCUCCCUCGGAAGAGGCAGGAGGGUACGGAGGGUUCUGUGGAGCAGCCAGAAGAUCUGCGCAGCAAAGCGAGCCAGGCUCUGCCCUCCUGGAGCAGAGACAGCCAGGGACCCUCCGCCUUCUAUAAAGGUGGCUCUGCAGGGAGCAGAGGCUCUCCCUUCGCCAGUGUGAAAGGCUGCUGGGUCCCACCCAUGGCCAGCUUUGCCAAGACCAGUCCCCAGCUACCCAAGAAUGGAGGGCUCAUCCAGCCCAUCCCACAGAGCCAGGUGGGCAGCCCUGCCCUGGGCCCCAGGCCGAGGAGCAAGCGCAGUCUGGAGGAGGAGGGCUUUGUUCAUGGGAAGAAGCUAAAGGCCAUCUCGCCUCUCGUCAAGGGAGUGGAGCCAAAGGACAAGCGCGGCGAGUCGCCGAGCCUCCAGCCGGGCCUGGCCAAGCCCCAGGCUGUGGUGCCAAACCCCAGCUUCCCAGCGCCAGGGCAGGACAGUUACAAAGGGACUAUGCUGAGGUUCCCGGUGAACUUUGGCAGCCCCGCGGACCAUUUAAAGGGCCAGUCCUCUCCACUGAUCCCUUCGCUCUCUGUCAACCCAUUUGUCAUCCCUGCGUUUCCAGGCCACUUAUUAGCUGCCUCUACUCAAUCCUCAGACCUCUGCCGGCCACUGGCUGCCAGCCUAGUGCACUACCCUACGUCUUACGACAGCUCGCUGCGGCACAGGCUAUACCCUGUUUCGACGUGGCACAAUCAGCCAACAUACGCCUCCCCCCACGGGACCACCUUCCACCGGAACAACAAGCUGUAGCCACUGGCGUGGACACUGUCCCUUGUGGAGAGAGAGGGUUUCUACUGAUGGUAGUGGGUCUCAGCCAGCCAUGGCUCAGGGGUAGGACACUCAGUAACACUGGAGUUGCAGCUGUGCUGCAUCUCGCCUUUGGAGCUGCCCCUGUCCCGUGGCCUUGUAUUGCAAAGCAGUAAGAGAAUAUACGGACGCCCUGGACCACAUCAUUUUUA